AUGGCUCCUCCCACAGGCCUAACUGACGGGGCUAUUGCUGAGCAGACCCCCAGUAGCCCCACUUGCGGCCCGAUUGCGGCUGAAAUCGCCCCCGUGGAUCCUGUCGGCGGGCCGUCAUUAGGCCCUAAGCGGCGGUUGUCUCAUGCGGGCUCUGUUUCGGACACUUCAGGGGCGUCCACGUCCUCUGCAGGCUCUCCUGUAGCAGCCUGUGCUGCGAAGAGCCCGAAGCCUGUCAAGUAUAGAUCCAUAUCAUCCACAGAUGUUCGUGAAUCACGUCCUGCUACCACAGCAGGAGCAACAGCAAGAUCGGGGGAUGAGGAGGUGGUUGUGCUUGUGCGUCCGAAGUUGCGGGGCAAGAUCCACUUGAUGCUUCUGUUUCUGGCUCCUAUUUGGACGCUGUUGCUGCUGAACGCUUGUAGGAGCCUACUUAGUUUCGUUGCUGCUGCUGUCAGUUGCCUUUCGUUCCUCGCGAAUUUUGCCGCAAGCGCGCUGCUGCACAGCGGAAGCUUUGGUCCCCAGUGGAGCUCUCUUUUUGUUAAACUGGAUCAUGCAGGUAUCUUUGUGGUUAUCAGCAGUUGCACAACUCCCAUUCCUCUCUUGCUGCUGGACUUUUGGCCCUCUGUGCUGCUCCUGUCUGUACAGGGCCUUGCGACACUCUACGAGUGGCUUGUGCUGCGCCCACAUUCGUGGCGAGUUUCUUAA